UUUAGUCUGAAUGAGAAAAGCUAUUGGAAAUCUGUGAACAAGGAAAAUAAUAUCCAUUCAACUUUGAAACAUGACACCCACAACCGAAUAAGGGAUUAUAUUGUAAUUGAUUUAACAUGCCAGAUCUAUUUUCUGAAAGAGGUCAUAAUUCUUUUCUGAACAGCUCCUAAAUUAUAUGGAAUAGAGUCUUACGUUAAAGAAAGGCGAAGUUACAGCCUUCCUCGACUGGGAGGAGGAUUACAAGAAAGUCUGAGCCACAGUUUAUCACACACCGUCCAGCCUCCGGGCGCACUCCAGUCUCUGCUGUGCGCGUCGCGGUUCAGAAAAUGGAAAAUAAAAUAAACGAAAGGAUGAGCACCAUCAGUACUUCGAUCGCUGAUUCCACCAAUACAACAGUGAAAGACUUGAUUGAAGCUGGGUACAGUAAUACUAAAUUAUCUAACGAGUCACAGUCUUUAAAUUCCAUGCGUAAUUUUGGAAUCGCCGGAACACUGAUCCACGUUCAAAAUUCAAGUGUCGACGGCGCAGUUUUCAAAGAGUGUAACGUACUUGAUGGAAAACAUUUUUAUGACCGUGGCAGUGAAUAUCUUAAGUGUGACAGUGUACCUUGGGACGACUUUGUAAAUGUUCAGAGGACGAAUGUGGCCUCAUCCGAAAGUUUGCCAGGCGCAAAUUUAAGUCUCUCCUCGAUAACCGGAGCGUGUAAGUUCAUCAAAGAUGAAAAGGACCCAUCUGUGAUUAUGGACACCCCUUGUCCCAACUUUGAUCAAUCAUCGGAGAUACCUGUUUUUGACACCUGUUGUGACACUGACAGAAAGCAGCAGAUGGGGCUUUGUGAGGGUGAGUCGACAAGCUUCACACCGGCAGCGGCGGUUCCUCGACCGGGGCUAGAAGGAUCUCCAACCUUUCUGAUCGACCUGAACCAGUCAGAGCAGCUACCGGCGCUAAGCCAGGUCCGGGCUGACUCCAGGGAUAGUUCGCCCGGGAAGGCUGUUAUCAACUUUGAUGCCAACAGGCACACAACCACGCAAAUGAUGAUGUUCAAGAACGAGGUUCCCCGUUGGCAGAUUCAGACCUCUCCGGCUGAGCAUCAGUACUGGUGCCAGUCCGCAGGGGUGACCGAAGACCCCUUCUCACACAGCGGCUAUGAUGGGAUCCAGAACCAGGCCCUGUCUCAGAGGAACCCAUCGCCCUUUACCACAUUCCCCGGUAUGCCACCUCAGAGAAUGUGUGUGAUCUGUGGUGAUGAGGCAUCUGGUUGUCACUAUGGAGUCCUAACCUGCGGGAGCUGUAAAGUCUUUUUUAAAAGAGCAGUUGAAGGCCAUCAUAGCUAUCUCUGUGCUGGGCGAAAUGACUGCAUUGUGGACAAAAUCCGGAGGAAAAAUUGCCCUGCAUGUCGUCUCCGAAAGUGCUAUCAAGCAGGAAUGAUGCUCGGAGGCAGGAAGCUGAAGCGUUUUGGGGCCUUGAAAGCUUUGGGUUUGGCCCCGUCCUUGAUGUUCCAGUCCCACUUGGCCAUGUCCAGUGACAAUCAGGCCAUGACCUCUAUGUCUUGCAUACCAGGCAUUCGUGAGGUGCAACUCUCCCAACAGAUCAUCAAUGUCCUGGAAAAUAUCGAACCAGAGGUUGUGUACAGUGGUUAUGACAACACCCAGUCCGAUGUUUCCCAUCUUCUGCUUAAUAGUCUCAACCGUCUGUGUGAGAAACAACUGGUGUGGAUUGUCAAGUGGUCUAAGUCUCUGCCAGGGUUUCGUAAUCUUCACAUCACUGAUCAGAUGACCCUCAUUCAGUACUCGUGGAUGAACCUGAUGGUGUUCUCUCUUGGCUGGCGCUCCUUUCAGAAUGUCACUAGCGAGUAUUUGUUCUUUGCACCUGAUCUUGUUCUUAGUCAGGAGCAAAUGAGGAGAUCUCCGAUUUAUGACCUCUGCCUGGCCAUACAGUUCAUCCCUCAGGAGUUUGCAAAUCUUCAAGUUACCCGUGAGGAGUUUCUCUGCAUGAAAGCAAUUAUAUUACUAAACACAGUGCCUCUUGAGGGACUCAAAAGUCAGGCAAUAUUUGAAGAGAUGAGACAAAACUACAUCCGGGAGCUGACCAAGGCUAUCCACAUGAGGGAGAAGGGCUUGGUGGCCAGCUCACAGCGAUUCUACCACCUCACCAAACUGAUGGAUGCCAUGCAUGAUAUAGUGAAGAAGGUCAACCUGUUCUGUCUGAGCACCUUCAUCCAGGCAGACGCCAUGAAAGUGGAGUUUCCAGAGAUGAUGACAGAAGUCAUUGCCUCCCAGCUUCCCAAGGUGCUGGCAGGCAUGGUGAGGCCCCUCUUAUUCCACACCAAGUGAUGCAAGCACAGACAUCGCAACUCUGCAGAGACAUCUUGUGAAUGGAUUACUGAUCUUUCAAUUACUGGAUUCUUUCACUAUUGUAGUCAGUCAUCUAUACUUUGCCAAAUUGCCUCUAAUGGUCUUUACCCUUUUACUUUAAGAGGUGACAGAAUGAACAUAUUCCUUAAAAAUUAUGUUUUUUAGUACAGACCAUCUUUAAUAUUAUGAAUUCAGAGGCAUCAAUCAAUAAAGCUCUUCUGUAUAAUUA